AUGGAGUCAGUCUGGAUAAUGAAGCCCUGGCUACGCCAUCUGCAGCAGAGCUCAGGGCCAGUGAACCUGACUGCAGAUGGGGUAGCCCGCAAGGGCUGGGUGGCAGGCAGGCCCCCACUGCAAGAGGCAUCCUGGCUCCUCGAGAAUUUCUACAUGUGGCUGCUGCUCUGGCCAGAGGUCUGCAGUGUAACCCCAGCACCCCGGAGCCAGAGGGCUGAGCUCUGCAGUGACCGGCAGCGCCCACUGUCCCCUCCACUCAGCAAGGGGGUGUGCAGGCCCUCGCACCUCAGAGCCUUGACUGUCCUCAGCCCCCCACCCCCUUUCAAGAACAAGGAGGUGAGGUGCCGGAGUGCCGUGGUGCCGAGACGAGGCGCUGCCCAGCCCUCUUCUCCCCAGUUUCAUGUGUCCCAAAGACAGAGGGAUGAGCCCCUGGAGCAGGGACAGGAGCUGAGCCCUCUUCCUGACACUGGGUUGGAGGAUACAGCUCCCCCAGUGCCACAGCGGGCCCUGGCCUGCUCCUCCCUGCGCCUGGGCUUCACAGCCAUGGCCUGCAUCUUCCCCAGCGGGGGCCUGAGGGCUGAGGAUGCAGAGGGGUUUGGGGCCAGAGUGGCCUCUGCUCCAUCUACUUUCCCGGCAAGACCACCGGACACUGGAUGCCCCCGCUUCAGCCAGAAGGAUGCCCUGGCAGGGAGGGUCAGCUCCAGACAGACGCGCUCCACCGCACCGGCCCCACAGCCCACCCAGGCCACCGGGCUCGCCGCGAGGCAGGUCCCCAGCAGUCCUGCCCGCCCGCCGAAGAGUCAGCAGCCCUCGCCAGCGCCCGCCACCUGCGCCGGCGCUCGAAGGGGGCGGAGCUACAGGGCCAGCGGCGGCCUCCACGCCUACCCAGGGCCAGUGGCCAAGCCCAGCGUGAUCCUGCAGAUCGGCAAGUGCCGCGCGGAGAUGCUGGAACACGUGCGGCGCCCCCACAGGCACCUGCUGACGGAGGUGUCCAAGCAGGUGGAGCGCGAGCUGAAGGGGCUGCACCGGUCGGUGGGCAAGCUGGAGCACAACCUGGACGGCUACGUGCCCACCGGCGACUCCCAGCGCUGGAAGAAGUCCAUCAAGGCUUGCCUGUGCCGCUGCCAGGAGACCAUCGCCAGUCUGGAGCGCUGGGUCAAGCGCGAGAUGCACGUGUGGCGGGAGGUCUUCUACCGGCUGGAGAGGUGGGCCGACCGGCUGGAGUCCAUGGGCGGCAAGUACCCUGUGGGCAACGAGCCCGCCCGCCACACCGUGUCUGUGGGCGUAGGGGGUCCCGAGAGCUACUGCCAGGAGACAGACGGCUACGACUACACGGUCAGUCCCUACGCUAUCACCCCGCCGCCCGCUGCUGCAGAGCUUCCGGGGCAGGAGCCCGCUGAGGCCCAGCAGUACCAGCCGUGGGUGCCGGGGGAGGACGGGCAGCCCAGCCCUGGUGUGGACACACAGAUCUUUGAAGACCCGCGGGAAUUCCUAAGCCACCUGGAAGAAUACCUGCGGCAGGUGGGCGGCUCUGAGGAGUUCUGGCUGUCCCAGAUCCAGAACCACAUGAACGGGCCGGCCAAGAAGUGGUGGGAGUUCAAGCAGGGCUCAGUGAAGAACUGGGUGCAGUUCAAGAAGGAGUUCCUACAGUACAGCGAGGGCACCCUGUCCCGCGAGGCCAUCCAGCGGGAGCUGGAGCUGCCGCAGAAGCAGGGCGAGCCACUUGACCAGUUCCUGUGGCGCAAGCGGGACCUGUACCAGACGCUGUAUGUGGACGCCGAUGAGGAGGAGGUCAUCCAGUACGUGGUGGGCACCCUGCAGCCCAAGCUCAAGCGCUUCCUGCGCCACCCACUGCCCAAAACCCUGGAGCAGCUGAUCCAGCGGGGCAAGGAGGGGCAGGAUGGCCUGGAGCAGGCAGCCGAGCCAGCUGGCCCCCACCCGCCCUCGGAGCCCGAGCAUGGGGCCAUCACGCCUGCCCCCACCAGUGAAUCCGUAGCCAGUGACCGGACCCAGCCUGAGUAGAGGACAGUCGCAGCCCUGGCCUGCCCGUAGCCCCAGCCUUCGCCAUCCAGGACUUGAGAGUUAGGGCCGACCCCUGCGGAGAGCCCCGUCAAGUGGGGCAUCCCCUCGGCUGCCUGGCCCAACUCACACAGACACACCAGAUGCGGGCAGUGCUCAGAACACAGAGGAGCCCCUCCCCGAGGGCUCCAACCUGUCAUCUCCCCACCCCCAUCCUCAAAGCCCUGCCUGGCUUCCCGCCACACUCUCAGUGCCAGAGCACACCCCCACCUCCACACUGCUCAGCCCCCUGGGCACACAGAAAGCCAUGUCAGGAUGGCAUGGGCCAGAGGGCGUCGAGCUCAUAGGACACCCCAAGCAGCAGCUAAGGCUGACCUGGUGCUGGAACCUCAACUUCCGGGAUGCCGCCUUCCCCUGGCAGUCGCUGCAGAGCUGGCUGGCU